AUGGCGUCCACUUCAGCGACCAAUGGUCACGAACCCGAGAAAAGGUCCAAGUUGGAGAACCAAAGUCCUCCUCGGUUUACUGCGGUAAAUGGAAGGGAAAUCACAGCGCCAACGUCCGUUGGCCCUACUGCGGCCGACUCAUCAAGCAACGAAGAUAUACCGAAUAAUCAAGGCAGAGUCGAACUCGACGCUCCAUCUCGAACGGAAGAACGCCCUAGAGACAAUGGAAACACCGAAAUUGACCCGGACGAACGAUCGACGCAGUGUUCCACGUCCCAUAGCGAUUCAUUAUCAGGAGGACAAGGUGCAAACAAGAGGAAGAGAUCAGAAAUUGAUGAGCGUCAAGAACUUCUCUCAUCAUCUUCUAAAGGCUCCCGAAGUCCAGCCAUACGGUCAGAUGCUGCUGUGGAGUCUCACACCCAACAGCUUGCUGUGAACUUCGCUAUAACACCUCCUGGCUCUCAUGAUCUCAAGCAUCCAUCACCAUCAAUCGCUCAAUCAGACAGAAAUGAAGAUUCACGAUCCGCCUCAGCAAACGCUUCAUUGAACGACUAUGAUUCACAUCUGGUACAACAGGCACAGCGCGCACAGCAGAUUGAUCCCUCAGAUGCUCAGUUGGUGGAGGUACUUCAGCGCGAGUCCCAGGAUCAUGAUGGACAAAGCUUACAGCAGAAGAACUGGAGUGCGACGAAUCGCUCGACAGAGGGAUCUGCGCAAACCAAAGAGCCACAACAUGCUUUUUCACAAGAACAGCCACAAGCGGCUAUACAAGUCGCGCCUAAAAGAAAGCGCGUUUUCAGCAACCGGACUAAAACUGGCUGCAUGACUUGUCGCAGAAGGAAAAAAAAAUGCGACGAGCAACAUCCUGCGUGUAAGCAACAAUUGUCUCAGAGGUGGUUUCCUCUGUGA